AUGAAUGCAACUGUAGCUCAUAAUGGCGGGCGCCGGCACGCAGGCCAUGUCCCCGCCGCCGACGACCCCAACAUCCCCGCGCUUAAGAAGAGCUGCGUCACCAUCACUGGACAGAUCAAGGAUGUUUAUGCGGCGCGGCAGCAGCUCGUGGUUUCGAAGAGCGCUGCUUUGGGUCUACAUUUAACUACUACAGCAACUGUAGCUGCUAAUGGCGGGCGCCGGCACGCAGGCCAUGUCCCCGCCGCCGACGACCCCAACAUCCCCGCGCUCAAGAAGAGCUGCGUCACCAUCACUGGACAGAUCAAGGAUGUCUAUGCGGCGCGGCAGCAGCUCGUGGUAAGUUGUGACCAUGUCCCCGCCGCCGACGACCCCAACAUCCCCGCGCUCAAGAAGAGCUGCGUCACCAUCACUGGACAGAUCAAGGAUGUUUAUGCGGCGCGGCAGCAGCUCGUGGGCAGUCUCCCCCUAGUCGUGAUCUUCGACGUAUCGGAAGAGGCCCAUCGCAUCUCUCCAGAGCUAGCGGCUAGAGUGAUGCACACUCACAACGUGUUUGUCAACGUGCGGCGUAAGCCGAAGCAGGGGAUAGCGUCGGUCGUGAUUAAGGGCAUCGAGAGGUGUGCUGGCGACAUCUACGAAGCGCGUCGCGAGCUGCUCGGCGGCAAAGAGCCGUCCAUCACGGCGGAGGUCCCGGAGUCGUACAACAUCCCCGCCAUCGCCGGUGGCUCGAUGCCCAACUUCGGAGCUUAUAAUCCGUUCUCGCCGGGAGCACAUUCUCCUUGUGAACCUAUGGGGAACAGCCCCUAUAAUAUGCAGACGCUAGCCGAUCUAGCCAACUACGCGAGCCUGUCCCCCAUGUUCACCCACAGCGGCUCCCCGGGCGGGUUCCCGGCGCCGCUCAGCCCGGCCGCGCCCGGCUACCCGCCGUCCUGGAUAGUGCCCUCACCACACCAUUAUCAGAAUGCUAAUGUCAUGUACAAGAGUCAGCCGGCUUGGAACCCGAUGUCCAACGGUAAUGACGGCUCCAUGCAGCCGCCCAUGAUGAUGCAGCCGCAGUACCAGCCCGCGCCGCCGGAACACAACAGACCUAUGCAGCAGACCCUGAGUCAGAUGCUGAACACGAGCUCGGCGGGCAGCAGCGGCUACCAGAGCAACUUCACCGGCUCCUGUGUCUCACUCGACACGCACAACAUCUCAGGCGGGGAAAACAGCAACAUGGUGAGCCCGUCAGUGAGCCCGAUCAGCAAGACGCACAGCCCGACUCCUUCUAGUGACACCGAUCGCUCUGGACAAGACUUGGCUAACCUAAUAUCGGACAUGUCGAUCUCGGACCGGCGCGCCGUGGGCUGCGAGAAGAAGACUCUGGAGACGCUCAACAAGAUGUCGCCCGUGUCCGAGUACCGCCGCAUGAAGGCCGAGGCUAGCAAGGCCAUGUCCGAGACAGUAGGCGGCGGCUUCCGCGUGCCCACGACCCGCUGGUCCGGCUACUACUUCAGCCACACCUCGCCCGCGCCGCUCGCGCCCCCCGACGCGCAAGACAAGCCUACCACUCCAGAGAAAGGCGUCUCCUGGGUGCGCCCCGAGCUGACUCGGCCGAACAUCGCGCCCGCCGCGCCGCCGUGCCGCUACCGGCAGCUGGCAGACCUGCUGAUGCAGCUGGGGCUCGGGAAGUAUAUCGAGCUAUUCAAGAAGCACGAGCUGGACAUGUCUACAUUCGCGUCGCUCAGCGAGGCGGACCUCAGCGAGCUCGGCGUCACCGCCUUCGGGGCCAGGCGCAAGAUGCUGCUCGUCAUACAAGAGUUGCAAAAGCAAGGAAGCGGAUUCAAGACAUCAUCAGCUCCCGGCAUCGAUCGCAAGAUGACGUCUCCCAAGUACAACACGGAGGCACUCUCCGAGAAAGACAAGUGGUGAUCACAACGCCACUAUAACGCAGACUUACCUACAGACAUUCCGUCAAGUCCCGUUGUUAUAAAAUA